AUGGUGUACUAUGUUCGGUUCUUGAAAACGCCCAAGGUCCAGCAGCAGAAAGGCUCCUUCGCCAUCUCCGCUCUUAUCUGCAUCACCACUGAUCUGGGAGAUUCAUUUCUCGCCGAAGAUGUGGAUUUGAUGGUGAGAGCCAGUGGAAAAUCCUCUCGGAUUGCGUUUGAAAGGCCGACAAAAUGGCAGGCUAGUAAUCGUGAACUUGCUAUUACUCUUGGUCCUCUUCCACCUGUUCUGGCUCAGCAGCCUUUGGUCUUGACCGUCCAGGUACAACAUCCUCAAGAUUAUAUUCCUCCUCGAGGCCCCACCAUUCCUUUAGUGGUUGCUGCAACAAGUGCUCCAUUUGGCCCUCGGCCGACGCCAGCUGAGAAACUGAUUCUGCGGCGGAUUCAGUACUCCAGCGGCGAUACGAGACCAAUGGAGAUCUGGGAAGAGACAGGCAAUAGCAUUGCUCGACACAUAUGGGAUGCUGGUCUCGCAACAGUUACAUACAUCCACAAGACUGUCAACAGUCGAGGGAAGACGGCCAGUAAAGAGAGCAACAAUGGCACUUGCUCCCAGAUGCCAGCUCUGAAGCAGGUGCUAUCCACCUCACGCAACACACCUCUUCAGGUAGUCGAGCUGGGAGCCGGGUGCGGGAUAGUGGGCAUUGCAUUGGCGCAAAUGCUUCCCAACUGUUCGGUUCUACUCACGGACCUCCCCGAGGUCGGCGAGAUAAUAACACGCAAUAUUAAUGCAGCCCAACCUGCAACAAUGUCCAGCCUUCGCUACCAAAACCUUGACUGGGACGAUCCCCCAGAAAACCUCUGUUCGCAGCCCAUUGACCUGAUUCUUGUCUCGGAUUGCACCUAUAAUUCAGACAGCUUGCCAGCACUAGUCUCUGCACUUGACCGAUUGGUUCGGACAUCCCCGGAGGCGAUCAUUUUGGUGGCUCUGAAGAGACGGCAUGACAGCGAAACGGUGUUUUUCGAACUAAUGGAGUCUGCGGGGUUUGCAGCGGACAAGGACAACCUUCUGAUUCCUUCGCAACAUGGUGAGGAUGAUGAGAUUGAGUUUUACUGUUAUAGUCGGUCAGUCAAGGACUAA